AUGGCCCACCUGGGAGCCCAUUUCGCCUUUAGAUCCCGCUGGCAGAAGACGGACGAUGAGCUCUGUCGACAUAGCAUGUCCUUUGUCCUUCACAAAGCCAUUCGCAAUGACUUCUUUCAGAGCUAUCUCUACCUGCUGGAGAAAAUCCCCCUGGUAAAAUUGUAUGCCUUAACCAGCCAAGUCAUCAACGGUGAGAUGCAGUUCUAUGCCAGAGCUAAACUUUUCUAUCAGGAAGUACCGGCCACAGAAGAAGGCAUGAUGGGAAAUUUCAUUGAGCUAUCCAACCCAGAUAUCCAGGCCUCUCGUGAAUUUCUUAGGAAAUUUGUCGGGGGCCCGGGGAGAGCCGGGACCGACUGCGCCUUGGACUGCGGCUCUGGGAUAGGAAGAGUCAGCAAACAUGUCUUGUUGCCGGUUUUCAACAGCGUGGAACUGGUGGACAUGAUGGAGCCGUUCCUCCUGGAAGCGCAGAACUACCUUCGGGUCAGAGGGGACAAGGUGGACAGCUACCACUGCUACGGCCUGCAGGAGUUCACGCCUUCCAGUGGGCGGUACGACGUCAUCUGGAUCCAGUGGGUCUCGGGGCACCUGACCGACAAGGACCUUCUCGCCUUCCUUUCCCGGUGCCGCGAUGGGCUGAAAGAGAACGGCAUCGUGGUCCUGAAGGACAACGUGGCGCGGGAGGGCUGCGUGCUGGACCUGGCGGACAGCAGCGUGACCCGGGACCUGGACACCCUGCAGAGCCUCAUCCGCAGGAGCGGGCUGGCGGUGCUGGGCCGGCAGCAGCAGGACGGCUUUCCCGAGCAGUGCGUCCCGGUGUGGAUGCUCGCGCUGCGCCGCGCGGGGGGCCCCGGGCCAGGGGGCCUGGGCCAGGAGAGCCGGACUGGGUGCCUGUCCUGCAGACGCGAACAGGGGGACGGGGGCCGAAGGGUGACUGAGAGGGCGGGACACCAGCUGUGA